AGUAGAAAAGGUAUUUUUCUCAAGAAGCAUAGGGCCCCCUUUUUUAAAAAAAUUGUUUUUGGUUCAUCAAGUAUCUCAUUGAAAAGGAAAGGUGCAUCAGCCAAGAUAUGAUGUGAUUAUGAAUAGAAUGGAAAGUGCUUUAUCUUGUCUCCACUACAGUCUUGCAAAGAAAGAAGAUGGCAGUGACGAGUACAGAUGAGUAUCAGGCAGGAAUCGACUCCAAUUACGACCGGGAAACCGAGAUAAAAACAUUUGAUGAGUCAAAAGCCGGUGUUAAGGGACUCCUUGAUGCUGGGGUGACAAAAGUCCCACGCAUGUUCCACCGCGGACAAUUUAGCCUUGAUGAGAGGCCAGGAAGAGAAUCCCACAUCAGUAUUCCUAUCAUAGACCUUCAAGGCAUCCAUAAGGACUCGAGUGUACGUACAGAAGUCAUUGAGAAAGUUCGAAAUGCAUGCGAAAAAUUCGGUUUCUUUCAGGUUGUUAAUCAUGGAAUUCCUGUCACUCUUUUGGAUGAGAUGAUAAAUGGAAUGCAAAGGUUUCAUGAGCAGGAUACUGAGGUGAAGAAAGAGUUCUAUUCACGCGAUUAUGGGAAAAAGGUACUUUAUUUAUCCAAUUAUGAUCUGUACCAAUCACCAGCAGCUAGUUGGAAGGAUACAUUUAUCUGUUUUGUUGCACCAAAUGCUCCCGAGCUGGAAGAACUGCCUGCAGUAUGUAGAGAGAUAGUUAAAGAGUACUCGGAACAAGUAAUGAAGUUGGGGCUUGAUUUCUUUGAGUUAUUAGCAGAGGCUCUUGGGCUAAAUCCUAGCCACCUAAAAGACAUGGACUGUGCUGAGGCGCUUCAGCUUCUUGGCCACUACUACCCCUCAUGCCCUGAACCAGAGUUGACUUUGGGCGGUAGUGAUCAUACUGAUGGCAGCUUCAUUACCAUACUUUUACAAGAUCAAAAGGGUGGCCUCCAAAUUCUCCAUGAGAAUCAAUGGGUUAAUGUUCCUCCAGUGCAUGGAGCUCUAGUAGUCAAUGUUGGAGAUCUCCUACAGCUUAUCACAAACGACAAGUUUAUUAGCGUCACUCACAGAGUAUUAGCGAACCAUAUUGGACCAAGAAUUUCUGUGGCUAGUUUUUUUAGACCCUAUGUUCAGGCAGGCUCGAGGGUUUAUGGACCAAUCAAGGAGCUGUUGUCGGAAGAAAACCCCCCAAUAUACAGGGAAACAGAUGUAAAAGAAUAUCUUAUGCGCUACUACUCGAAAGGGAUUGAUGGGAUCUCUCCUUUACAACAUUUCAAGUCGUAAAGAUGUCCACACAGAUUUAGAUUCAUGUUUCUAGUAAUUGGCACAACUAGUCAUGCUUCUAAGUACUACUGUCUGCAAACCUCUUCUUGUGUCUUCAUGUAAUGACUCUACCAUGCUCUCCAUCUAUAACAUAGAACCAAACCUAUGGCUUAUAUCAUGUAUAAUGGCAUUGUUGGGCUACGAUAUUUAGCAAAUUUGUUAAGCAUCUUUUUUGUUUUUUUUUUUUGACAUGUUCACACAAGAAAAGAGAAGAAGAGAUUCAAACUAGUGACUUCCGCUUCAUAAAGCGUGGUUCCUAGCCCAUUGAG